GGCACGGCCCUCCUCCGGGUUUUUCUGGCCCAUCGCAGACUCCAGUCACUCCCGCACCUAACUUCAAAGGUGUAGGGGCGACGACGGUGGUUCCCGGCGGAGGUGCCAGCUCCAGUCAGGCCCAGGAGGCUCGUUUAGCAGCGGCAGCGGCGAUGCCGCCACCACCACCACCAGAUCCAACACAACGGCAAGGAGGGGUGCAGGCACAAGGAGGAGUGCAGGCACAGGGAGGAGUGGCACCGCAAGUAGCCGUACAAACCCCGGGCCAGCAAGUGGUUACGAUGACCCGGGAGGAGAUGCAGAGGAUCGCAGCGGCCGCGGCGGCGCAGGCGGUGCAACAGGUCACAAGUCACACAUCGCACGCCACCACUGCGCCGACAACGGCAACGGGGAACCAGGAUGAGGAUGUGUCCAGUUAUGGGGAAGGAGGAGCUGGGAGAGAUCGGGCCAUGGAGAGGAUAGCGGAGCAGUUGCGCCAGUUGCAAGAUAAGGUGGAGGGAAAGCCAGAGAGGAGAGCUCGAGGACAUCCCUUUUCAAGGGAGAUCCUCGCUGCUCCUUUGCCGAACAAUUUCAAGGAGACCAACUUGGUGUAUGACGGGUCAUCCGACCCAUCGAGGCAUGUGAGGACCUUUGAGAAUAUGGCGGUGUUGCAUGGAUACUCGGAUUCUGUUUGUUGCAGGGCGUUCUUGUCGACCCUACGCGGAGGAGCGCUUGACUGGUUUCAUCAAUUACCUUCGGGAUCGAUUGACGUAACUUGGCCAAAGACAAGGUUCACCGGCCUGCAUCGGCCCCGGUCGGAUUUGUAUUGCCGAUUUCACAAGGAUUACGGCCAUACCACGGAGAACUGCAGGCAUUUGAAAGAUGAGAUCGAGAGGUUGAUUCGGGCAGGAUAUCUGAAGGAGUUUGUCUAUCACGACCGGGUGAAAGGAAAGGGCAGGAGGAGAUGUAGAGAGGAUUCCGAGGAGAGGAGUGAUAGAGAUGAGGAAGGAGAUGGGGGGGAUGGUCGAGGAAAAAGGUCGAGAAAGGAGGGAGAUAGAGAGGGACAAGGAGGAGGGGCCCCGCUGAAAAGAGGAACGAUUUACAUGAUUUCUGGGGGGCCGACAGAUGGUGACUCGAACAGAUCGAGGAAGGAGCAUGCGCGAGCAGUGAAGAGAAAGAGAGAGGAGGUGGGGAUUACAACGCGCAUGCCGGUAAUAAGUUUCAAGGUGGAGGAUGCUGAGGGGGUGGUCUUACCCCACAAUGAUGCUCUGGUCAUAACCGCGGAGGUUGCGGGCUCUGAUGUAAAGAGGGUGUUCAUUGAUACCGGGAGUUUGGUGGAUGUCAUGUUCUAUGAUUGUUUUGUGCAGAUUAACAAGGAGCUGAAUACGGAACUGAAACCGGUGGCCACGGCGCUUUAUGGCUUUAAUGGAGGAGAAGUUAUGCCGAUGGGGGAGGUCAGUUUGCCCGUGGCGCUGGGAUCAGGGGAGCUGAGGAAGGUGCGCAUGGUGAGGUUCGUAGUU